UCUGUGAUUCAGGAACUGCAGAGCAUCUUUCUGGUCCAGUCAGCAGAGGAGCAACGACGCGUUUAAAACGAGUCUUUACAUCCACUUUAAAGUAGAAACAGAGCUUCACCUGAACCAAAAGGUUUGAUUCACGAAUCUGGUUCAGGAAUUUGGACAAACUGAGUCGCCGACAUGAUGAGCCGACGACAAGGAAACACAACGGGUGAAAACCCCAGCAGAACCUCCAAGCUGCCAGCAGGGGGAGUAGUUCUGCUGGUUCUGGUCGGUCUGCUGGCUGCUGCUCUCAUCGUUAUUUGUUCUCUCGCUGCUGAUAAGGCCCAGUCCAAUCAAACCAUCCAGACCCUGAAAGAGGAGAAUGAAGCUCUGAGGAAAAAUCUCUCAGAUCUGACAUGUCUGAAGUGUGAAGCAGGAUGGGAGCCACAUGGAGGAAACUGUUAUUAUUUCUCCACCAGUAAAUCCUCCUGGACUGACAGCAGACGUUCCUGCACUGAUCUGGGAUCAGACCUGGUGAAGAUCGACAGCAGAGAGGAGCAGAUGUUCCUGGAGAUCAGACUGAGAUUCUUGAUGGAGGAUGAUGAGGAUAAGUUCUGGAUCGGACUGACCGACUCCGGGGAAGAAGAUGAAUGGCUCUGGGUUGACGGAUCACCUCUGGAUGAAAGUUUGAGUUUCUGGGGUUACGGCCAGCCAGACGACCUGGGUGUGUAUGAUCUACCUGGAGCGGACUGUGUGAGGAUGGGGCAGAAAGACAGAUACGAUCUGAAGUGCUGGUAUGACAGAGGCUGUGAUUAUCCUCAGAAGAGUAUCUGUGAGAAAACAGCAGCAGCUGGUGUGUGAACUUCAGGAUGUAAAACCAUCUGAGGAUGUUUUUACGUUGAUAAUGUCAGAAAUGUUUAAUUUUCACAAAACAUUUGACAUAUUAUAAAUUGCAUUUCUUUGUCUUGUUAGUUUCUUAUUGCCUCCAACACCAGAGUCACCUGUUAAAUGUAUUAUUAUUUCCUUGAUCUGGUCAUUUGGUAAUUACAUCAUGUUUUCUGCUCACUAAUAUCAGCAUCAGAGAGCAUCAUAUCUGUGAAGUGGCUUCCUGUUCUUUAACGAUCACAGGCUCUCAGCUCGGUUUCAGGCAUUAAUAUUCAGAUUAACGUAUUACUGUUUCAUACAUCUGCAGGAUAUCUGGCCGAACUGAUGAACAUCUAACUGGUGGUUUAAGACCUGACUGCACAUUUACCACCAGAAAAACAUUUUCUGGAGGUAAAUGUGUUCAUUUGAGAUUAAAGUAUUACUGUUUGUUUAC